CCAGUAAUGGUUCUGGUCCACAGUAUAGCAUAGCUGGCCACUGUCAGUGUUAGCAUCCAGAGGCUGAGAAUUGUACCAAAACUUCAAAGCCACAGUUCCAGGAGAUGAGUCUACAUUAAAUAAUACCACCCUUAAUUAUUUCUGUUUCACCCUUGCUUCAACUUCAGGUAACGUGUGUAUUGUCAGUAGAGAAGCAGUGCUCAAGUUAGAAACAGUGUAAUUAAAUACAUAUGUAUAUUCAUUUCUUUUAAUCCUAGAAUUGAAUACGUAUAGGAAGAAUUCACAGGUAUCUUUCAGAAAACAAGUGAAUGGUGCUGUUCUCUCACAAUGUUUUGAAUUGAUUUGUAGAAGUUGUGCUUCAAUCUAAACGCACGUGCUGAAUUGACUUAAGAUCCCCAGGUAAAUGCAGUACUUACAUGUUUUAGUAGUUUUUUUCACAUGAGAUUCAGACUCUCAGCCCGGCCCUCCCUGAGGAGAAAAGAACUGUUUUCUUCCUCGCCUGUUGAGAUCAUGCUGACACACAGCAAUGUGAAGUAGUUACUGGAAGCUGGUGUGCAAGCCCCUGCAUCCACCUAACAGCUGUUGUGAGUCCUGGGAACAAGAAAUUGUCACCAAGACGACUUAACUUCGUUAGCUAAAAUAUAACUAGUGGGCUAAAAUUUGACCAAGACAGCGGUCAUUAUUGAGAACAGGUGUGGAAGCUCCCAUGGCACUAACCGUCUGUCUUAUGUACUUACUGAAAAAAUCUGAGCUCUUGCAUCUUUACCAGCAGCAGCCUCCUUGCAGGGGAUGAAGUGCUCUUAGUGCCUUUGUGGCACAGGCGGUGCGGUAACCUGCACGGCCCGUGGCAGAACACAGAACUACGAUGGGCUUUUCCUUCUCCGCCUGAGGACAUCCCACCUGCUGAAGUAAGUCUGGGAGUCAUUCCUCCUUCAGAGACAAGUUGUUUAUGCACUCAUCGGCCUGCAGCAGUGCCUCCAUAUGCUGCCCAUGCUGCUGUAGCACUGUUGGCCCCGUAAGCCCCAUGACCAGCCCAAACAGGCAGCCUUGUGCUCCCUGCUGCCUGCCCACCACUUUCCCUCCGUGGGAGGAAGCAGGCUGUGGCAGUGCUCCUUCAUGUGCUGCCCAAACCCAGCACGUAGCGUUGGAGUGCUGGCAGGGCUGAGGUUGUACACUGCUGGCAGCUGCAGGGCUGUGGCCCCGGGGCCGCCCACACCGCUAAUGCCACGUGUCGCAGGCAGCCAGCUGUGACGAGGAGGGCAGUGGGGCUGCUGCUGCCUCCUCAACUGUCGCAGCGCCUGCUGGGCAGACUUCCAACAGCGUGUCCUGUGGGCUGUCCUCCGUGUGAGGGUCCUGCAUCCCUCACAAGCUCCUCGUUCCCAGGCAUCUCUGUUGGUGGACCCUGGCCCAGCCCUGAGGGCAGGCAGUGCCCUGGCUGCUGCCUUGGAUGCUGCUGCUGCUCCUGGCUUCUUGCGGGUCUCUGCCAUGUCCCCCUUUGGGCUCUAGGUCCUUCUCCUCAGCUGAUGACAGUGCACACUGAUACUUAAUGUUCUGGUGAGCGUCUACUGAAACAUGAAGGCCAAAGCCAAAGGGAAGAAGAAAAGGUGUACAGCUGAUAAAGAAGCCUUUUCUGAGGAGUCUGCAAUGAGAAAAAAGGAACUGGUGAAAUGCCUGCGGCACACAGAGAGGAGGAGUGGGGGAAGCAAGGAGAGCAGCAAGAUUGCUGCAGCCAGAGCCAAGCAUCCUUGGAGCAGUAAGGACAGACAUCUGAGGAGACUGGAAAGCAAUGAGCGGGAGAGGCAGAGAAUGCACAAGCUCAACAAUGCAUUCCAGGCCCUGCGGGAGGUAAUCCCUCAUGUGAGAGCUGAGAAUAAACUUUCCAAAAUAGAGACUCUCACACUGGCCAAGAAUUACAUUAAAUCAUUGACCUCCAUUAUACUCAAUAUGUCCAAUGGACACUGUCCAGCUGCAGAAGGGUUGGGGGGAUCCUGGGGGCCCAAACUGUACCAGCAUUAUCAACAGCAACGUGGGGACGAUGAUCAUAGCCUCCGCAAAAAUACCUAGUUAGCUGCUACCUUCACUCCUCCUUUACGGUACUUAGCUGCAUGGAAGAAUCAUCUGUUUAAAACCUCUGCCCCCAUUUUUUUCUUAAAAAGACAGAGGUGAUGGUCAUGGCCAGAGCUUAUGCUAUGUAUAAAGAGUUAUCAUAAAUUACAAGGAAUUUUCAGAGCUUGCACUGCCAGGAGGGAUUGUGAAUUAGCCAGUCCUGAAUUCCUGUGAAUUAGACAGGCCUGAAUGCAUUUGUUUUCGUUGGUUAUCAGUGCUACCGUCAUGAUUCCCAACUGUUCAGUGGUUUGUUCUUGCCUGUGCUAUGACUGUAGUGUGACUGGAUGAGCAGAGCAGUGCAUGUGAAAUUGGCCUCUAACCCUGAGUAUUUAUCUGGAGUGCGGAAUCAGCUCUGGAGUUCACUAAAGGCAAUGGAAGACAUUGCUUUGGUUUUAUUGUGUCCUGGACAUGCAUUGUGGUACUUAAGAUACACAGUGUGAUUUCAAAUCUUGCAAAGCACGACAGCUUCUAAAAAUACUGUUGUUGUAAACACCUACAGAGCUUCCUUAGAGUGCCAGUUCUCCCGAGUAAAGGAGCUUUCUGGGCUGUUUGUAAAGGAUAUCAAACGAUGCACAAAUCA